AUGUCGCAGAGGCAUUUCUCUGAGCUCUUAACACCAUGGUCUAUAGCAUUCUGCAUGCUGUGGCUGCAUAAAUACAUUAAACUUAUUGUCUACUGCUAUACUCACUGGACUUACAAGUCCAAGUCGAUUCCAAUAAAGCCCUCCUACACCGCAGAUGAUGUCACGGUUGUGGUUCCCACGAUCCACGACAACUUGGACGAGCUUCGGCCCUCGCUUGAAAGCAUUCUGGCCACACGGCCGCACCGACUGAUCAUUGUCACAACCGCCGACAAGUUUAAAGAUCUGCAAGAGGUUAGAGAACGUCUCUCCAGCUCCAAAAUCUGCAUUCUCUGCACUCAGUACGCCAACAAACGUAUCCAGGUGUGCGAGGCCCUACCCGAAAUCACGACUCGCAUCACCGUCAUAGCCGAUGACGAUGUGACCUGGCCAUCGACCAUAAUGCCGUGGAUUCUGGCCCCAUUUAAAAAUACCAAGAUUCGAGGCGUCAGCACAUGCCAGCGGGUAAAAAGGGUUAGGGAGGGAGGUCUUGCGCUCAGGGUAUGGAAUUGGUUGGGCGCUGCCUACAUCGAGAGACGCAACUUUGAAAUUUGUGCAACACACACCAUGGACGGCGGUACUUCUUGCAUGUCAGGUCGGACUGGCGCCUACCGAUCUGAAAUCCUCCAGGACUACGAAUUCCGAGAAGGAUCCAUGAAGGAGGAGUGGUGUGGUAAGACCCUCAAGGCCGACGAUGACAACUUUUUGAGCCGUUGGCUCGUUAGUCACCAGUGGAAAACUUGGAUUCAGUACGAGCCGGAAUGUGAGGUUGAAACCACGCUUGAAAACAACACAAAGUUUCUCUACCAAUGUCUGAGGUGGGCCAGGAGCAACUGGCGUAGCAACUGGACCAGUCUACCUGUAUUUCUUUCCGCUUUUUAUUGUGAUUGGCUUUCCAUAGACGAUGGCAAACACUUAACUACUGUUGCGAGGCGUGUUCGCGAGUGUGACAAGAAGACACACAGGACCACAGCAUGCAGAUGA